AUGGGCUCUAGAGUGAUAGGUUUGGGAGCAUGUGCAUUGUCAUCAAUAUUCUUUGGAAGCGCUUAUGUCCCGGUGAAAAGAUUUGACGCUGGAAAUGGCUUAUUCGUGCAAUGGGUGAUGUCAGCAGCCAUACUCUGCGUGGGACUGACUGUCAAUAUCAUACAGCACUAUCCCAGAUUUCAACCUUUUGCAAUGCUCGGUGGAGCUUUCUGGGCCUUAGGUAACGUGACUGCCAUACCUAUUAUGAGUUCUCUCGGUAUGGGAAUGGGUAUGCUGAUCUGGGGAACCACUAACUGCGUCACUGGCUGGGCUGUGGGAAGAUAUGGCUUGUUUGGAACAAAAGCUCAUGUACCAGCAGGGCCAGCGUUGAAUUACCUAGGUCUUCUGAUGGUAAUAGUGGGCGGUUUCUGCUUUUCUCAAAUUCGACCCUCUAUCCGUUCGUUAUCGCACCCCGAAGAUAUCAAUGAAGGAAGGGUCACUGGAGAUGAUACAGAAGAAGGAAGCCCACUUAUAAGCCCAUCAGCACCGGCGCUUUUCAAUCUCUUUUGUGAUAUUCUAUUGAUAUAUGCUUACUCUAGUGCUAUUUUUACUGCUCUUGGUGCUGGUGUUUUGUAUGGGGUUACAUUUGUUCCGGUUAUCUAUAUGCAAGAUCACCCAGAAAUAGUUAGUCCCAGUUCUUCAUAG